AAUAAAUAAUCAGCACACUACUGCAGUGUAUUCAAGCAGAAUCUGUUCACAAAAGUUUUCAAACAAAACUCUGUUCAACCAACAUGUACACACUCAAAUGGAACUAAAAUCAUACAUUUGCGAUAUGUGUAAUAUGAAAUUCAGGCUGAAAUCAGUUUUAAUUAGACAUAUUUUUAAGUUACAUAUGAAGAUAAAACGCGUGUGCAAAGUUUGCAACAAAAAAGUUGACAAAGCGUACUUAAAGAAACAUCAAAGACUUCACAGUGGUGACAAACCAUACAAAUGUACGGUUUGUGAUAAGCAAUUUGCACUUGUUUCAUAUUUAAAUUUACACCAAACUGUUCACACUGGUGAGAAACGAUACAAGUGUGAAGAAUGUAACAAACAAUUCAGAGAUAGAAGUGUGUUUAACAGACACAUAAAAAAGCACACUGGAGACAAAAGACAUAGCUGUGAACAAUGCGGCAAACGUUUUAUACGAAAGAGCACUUUAACUGAACACAAAAGAGUUCACACGGGUGAGAAAUUAUAUAAGUGCGAUGAAUGUGACAUGUUAUUUGGAUAUAGAAACACUUUAAAAGAGCAUAAAAUAAUACAUAUUCGAGGUGAUAUUUACAGCUGCAACUUUUGCGACGAGAAAUUUCCUCAAAUAAUACUUUUAAAUAAACAUAAAAAUAAGCACGUCGGAGAGAAAGCGUACGGCUGCGAAGAAUGUGACAAGAGAUUUAAAAGAAAAGAUCAAUUAGAUUUGCAUAAAAUAACGCACAAAGGAGAGAGACCAUACACCUGUGAGAAGUGUGGUAAGCAAUUUAAAAGAAAAGGUAAUUUAGAUCAACAUAAAAAAAAUCACGCAGAAAAAUCUCACAGUUGUACUAAAUGUAACAAGCAAUUCACACACAAACAUCAGUUAGAUGCUCAUGAAAGAAGUCACACUAAAGAAAAAGCAUAUAUUUGUGAAAAAUGUGGUGCGCGAUUUGCGCAAAAUUAUAUUUUACAGAAACAUAAACAAAUUCAUAUUGAAAAGGUACCCGGUGACUGAGUGACUGAGGAAAUGAACUAAAAGGAAUUAAUAGUAAAGAUUAAUACAAAAUAGUGUAUCAAACAAUGAUUUCAAAAGUAAGGAUAAACACGUUCAUACAAUUCCGACCGAACAUUCUCGUUAAGCAACAUAGGCGCCAUCUGUUGUAUAGUAUGCGUAAUACCGGCUAAGUCAGAGAUAGGGCUUCCAAAUACCGAACUUCUCACAAUACCGGUAUUGGAUAUGAAUCGCUUAAAAAUGAAAGUUUUAUAAAAAAAGGCUCAUUGAAAUACCAGAUAUGUCCUAACAGCUAUUAGAACAAUAAACAGUAAACAAUAAACUAUCUGCGAUAUAUUUUUUUCACACUCCAGGUAGGCAAUAAUUUAAUUUUUAUCCAGUUGACUUCACCAGUCACACUUUUAGUUCAACUUAACCAACAAAAUUUCCGGAAAA